CGAAUAUUAAGAAUUGAGUCUGGUUUCAGUUCUUGACGCGUCCACUUCGGUCCUCAAACGCACGCGCAACGGUUUUGCCCAGCAUAUAAUUUAAAUAAAAAAAAAACAACAACAACAACAACGCAAACAAGAAAAAGCCAACGAAGCUGCUGGCGUCAUGGGCAGAACCAUAGAGAUAACCAAACCGGAGCCACAGCUCGAGCAUGAGAAGCGCAAUGCAGCAGCAGCGGACAAGGACAAAGACAAGGACAAGGAUGUGGAGAACAGCAUGGUAAAGCGACGACAUGCGACCAGCAAUCUGGAGGCAGCUACACAUUUGUUCAAGGGCAGCGUUGGCGCCGGCCUCUUUGCCAUGGGCGAUUGUUUCAAGAACGGUGGACUCAUUGGUUCCACCAUCAUGCUGCCCAUCAUUGCCAUCAUGUGUGUGCAUUGCGAGCGUCUGCUUAUUCGUGGCUCACUGCUGGCAGUGUCCAAGACACCAGGCGCUACCUUUUACGACUAUCCCGAGACUGUGGAAAAGUGCUUCGAGUAUGGACCGAAGCCACUACGCUGCAUGUCCCGUGCCAUGAAACUUAUUGUCGAAAUGUUUCUCUGUGUGACGCAGUUUGGAUUCUGCGCCAUUUACUUUGUCUUCAUCACAGAGAAUCUUUACCAGGUGCUGCAUCAAAACGGCAUUGACAUAAGCAUGAGCAUGGUGAUGCUGAUCACGCUGCUGCCCGCCAUGAUACCCUCGCUAAUGACCAAUCUCAAGUAUAUAUCACCCGUUUCGCUUUUGGCCAAUUUUGCGCUGCUGUUUGGCCUCAUUGCCACUCUAAGCAUUGCCUUCUCGGAGGGACCCAUGCCCUCGAUACACGAUCGUCAAUGGUUCACGGGCGGCUCACAGCUGUCGCUGUUCUUUGGCACAGCGCUGUUCAGCUAUGAGGGCAUUGCUUUGAUAUUGCCGCUGCGCAACUCAAUGAAGGAGCCCGAGAAGUUUAGCAGUCGCUUUGGCGUGCUCAACAUAACCAUGCUCUUUAUAACGGCACUAUUUAUCUUCACCGGCUUUGUCAGCUAUUUGCGCUGGGGUGAUCAAGUGGAGGGCAGCAUAACGCUAAAUCUGAAUGUGGAGGAGGUUUUAUCGCAGGUGGUCAAGAUUGUAGCUGCACUGGGCGUUUUCUUUGGCUAUCCCAUACAAUUCUUUGUCAUGAUUAAGAUCCUGUGGCCACCAGUCAAGCGUGCCAAUAGCUGUGCCCAAAAGUAUCCCAUUACCAUGCAGGUGGCUUUGCGCUUUGUCAUGAUCAUGAUGACCUUUGGCGUCGCUUUGGUUGUGCCCCAACUAAAUCUCUUUAUAUCGCUUAUUGGCGCUUUGUGCUCCACAUCGCUGGCAUUUGUUAUACCUAUUCUCAUUGAUUUCGUUACGCGCGCUCAGGUGCCCAAGGGUCUGGGCACACUCAUCUACUUGAAGAACUUCGCCAUAUUGACGGUUGCACUGUUGGGCAUUGUAACUGGCACUUAUCAAAGCAUUGUAGAGAUUAUUAGAGAGUUUAAGUAAGAAAUGUUUUUUUUUAUUAGCGC